AGUUCAAAUUCAGUUUUAAAAUUUUGGGCUCCUCUCUUCCCUUCACAUUGCAAGGAAUCCUGCCAAAGCAAAAGCAAUGCUUGCUGGAAUAAAGAAAGGGCCAUCACAGAAAAGAGGGGAAACAAAGAGAAAAGGACCACAUUGCCAUCCUAUCUUCUUCUUCUCUUCACAAAAAUUACACAACUCUUCAUUCCAAGCCCUCUCAUGUUCCUCCAUUCUCUUUUCAUGCAGGAUCCAAAAGACCCACAACAAACAAGGAAGCCUUGGUAUCAAAGAGUAAUGGAGGUUGCAUACCUAUGGAAGCCAACAUCAAAAGGUAGUAGAAUCCCCGCACAAUCCAACAAGCCAAAGCUAACGAGAUGUUCUUCGUUGAAAGUAGCCUCUUCAUUCACCCGUGUUUGUCUCUGCGCGCCAAUUUCUUCAUACAAUGAGGUUUUCCGAGCUGAAAUACCCCCGAGAAGGAGCAACACUUAUCCUAGAUCAAAAUCUUUCGUGAUGCAUCCAAACAGAGGAGCUUCAGAAGGAGCAGUGCAAGUGGCGAGAAUGUCUGUGGAAGGCCGGAGGGUUUUUAGAGGGAAGUCUUUGACCGAUGAUUUGUUGAUGAGGAGGUUUGUUGUGGAGGAGGAGGCAAUGAAUCAGCAACUUAAGAGGAGGAAUCAAAUGGAGUUUAUUAGGAGGAGGAAUUCUAAGAGGAGGAAGAAGCUUGGGCCUAGCCCUCUCAGUAGGAUGGUGAUGGCUGGUGAAGAUUAAUGCUUUAUAUUUAUUAACCAUAUGAGUUCUUGAUUUGUUUUUGCUUUUUCUGUCAAUGGGAUUCUGAUUGCAUAUUGUCUCACUAUUGGUCUUGGUUUUCUUCAUCUCUACAUGAAGUUGAUGGUUAAUUAUAUCUGUUAAAAAAUAUUUCGAGCUUGAAGUUUAUGUAAUAGUUUUAGCAUCA